AUGAAUCUCGAAUAUACAAUAACAGAAACUAUUCAUCGCAGUUGUUCGGGACAACCUAUCAAAAUUGAUUUUCAAUUUGAUCAAUCUACUAUGAUGACUUCAGCACCAACUUCGUCUGGUAUAACACGACAAAACAAAGAAAAAUACUCUCGUUCCUAUGAAUGGAGUAUAACGCGUGAUCAAUAUCAAUCGUUGAUUACUAAACUUCGGCGGCCAAUAACAUUCGAUGAGUUUGUCGAUUCUCUACGUCCAAUAAUUAUGGGUUACUACAGAAAUGAAGAACUCGAACGUGCAUUUACCAUUUUGGAUCGGGAUAAAUCGGGAACAAUAGAUAUUAGAGAAUUUAGUGCCAUCUUACCGAUUCUCAAUGAAUCGAUCACUGUCAAUGAUCUCCGUGAAUAUAUAAAAAAAGUUGACGAAAACUGUGAUGGCGAAUUAAACUAUGACGAGUUUCGAGCGUUGGUACUACGCGGCAUUGGUCGAGACAUCAUUUGUCAUUAUAUUUGA